AGUUGGUGUGUACUAGUCGCCAAGUAUGCUUCAAAGACAGUAGCAUACAAAACAUUCUCAUCUUUGAAACCAUACAAAUUGAACAUUGCAGUAGCUUCAAGAGAUCGGUGCCUCGGUAUUGCAGUGGAGAGAGAUCAUAAUCAGCAACAACUGAGGCUUGAUGGUACCAAUGAGUCUAUGCUUAUUAAUUUAGAAAAAGCAUUUGCAACUGCUGAAAAUGGCUACUUCAAUGCAGUUGGGCCCGCGGAAUUAAAGGAAGUUAAAGUAAAGUACGGAGAAGCGGAUAUUCUUGGAGCU